AGGGACGCAUGGUUGCUUUCUUGGAAAAUCCUUCCGUUGUCCUCCACAUCCCGUUCUUGUUUGGUUGUUGUGUAGUUGCUGUCGAAAGUAUUGAUAGAUUCGCUCCUUCGGUAUACUCGUCCAUGAAAAGUCGUAAAAGCGCUUUGAAUCCUGUAGUCCUAUAAGCAACUUUUUAAAACAGUCCAGUGCUCGAGAAACAAACGGGAAAGACUAGGGGGAAUGCCGGGCGUUGCUUCACCGAAGCGAGGGCGCAGCUCGACGCCCUCGAUGAAAAAGGCGAGUGCUAAAAAGAGUUCCUCUCCGACUAAAGACAAGAACAACGCCAAUGUCGACUCGCCAGCGGCCUCGCGAACCCUUCGCUUGAAGACAAUUUUGUCACGAAAGGUAAUUCUAGUCAAAACUGUAUGGCAGAGGGUAAUGAAUUUGAUGGUAGCUGCUAGUUUGUUAUCGAUAAAUGAACGUGACUGUAUAUUUGGAGGGCCCGGCUUUGUUGAAGAUAUAGAUCUGGAGCUGGAAUUCAUUUUACCUUUGUAAAAGGAGCUAAGGAGAUACAAUUAGUGGUACAAUUAUGAACAAUGAAUAAGGUUAAGGUGGAUAUUUUGUAUUCACCACCGACCACCACAACCACUCCGACCACCUUCUUCACCAGGUGACUUCGCUGAAAAACACAGUCGGCUCAAGUAUGAUCGAGGCACGAGAAAGCUCUCUGUACCUGAUGUACAUGCCGUACUUGGUUUUCUGCUUCACAAUUCGUAUCGCCAUGCAAGUCUUGCAAGGUAAAUGGACACCUGAAGAAUCGGCGGACUCGAUGGCUUCGAUUUUGUCCGUAGCGGGCGUUCAAGGAACACCGGGUAAUAUCGAUUUGCGCUUGUCUGCAAUUUACGUGGACAAAAGCAAUAAAGACACAUUCGUUUAGGUAGAAUUUCUAUCUAUAUAUAAAUCUGUCGUUACAACUGCCGAUCAAUCAAUUUUUUUUUAGUAUCAGAUGCAAUCUACAAAAUAACUACAACUAGUAAGUUGUAUCUCUGCCACUUCUGUGUUCCUAUUUUCGAGUUUUUUCUACGUUACAAUGUACAACAGAGGGCGCGGACAUGUGGGCGCAGUUUUAUGGGCUUUGUACCGACCAGCAGACUCUUUUCUACGUGUUCUCCUGCGUGAUGAUCUCGAUCAAUACCAUCCUCCGACUGGACUACCCGUCGUCCUACGUUCCGGUGACUAGAUGCAAAGAUAGUUUUCUGGCUAGUCCUAUUUUGGCCCGCGUCGUGGCCACGGUUGCAGAAGUCUGCUUCUGUAUGCUCGAAGCAGAUACCUUGGGCCUUGCUUUCUUCUCGGCCGACGCAUAUGGGUACUGAGUUGAUAUCCAUCGAUUUAACUCAUUACAGUAAAGAUGUUGAUGGACCUCAUUCUCGAAGCUACAAAUUGAUGCAAGAGAAUCGUACUCGUAGAUCAUCUUUUUGCAUGGUAUGGAGAAACUACAUUUUUUCUUACUGAGGAGACCUCUAGGGCUGUAAGGGCCUACGCGCGGCGCCUAAAGAUAAACGGAUCCUAGUGAGCUCUUAGUGUUUCCUAAAAAUAGAGCAAAUUUGCCUUUCUCCAUCACCUCCUCAAACAACUCAGACACCACCUUAGGUCUUAGGAGAUGUGGAGCUGUUGCAGACCUGGUUGUUGCACCUUCCUUUUGUUGGUCAACACCAUGACUUCAGGAACUAUAGGGUUAUUAGUACCGCAAAUGUCUAUUUUACUGAGAAAUAUGAACAAUGAAUAGUUGCAUACUGUUUCACUCUGGAUAUUCACACUUUUGACACAGGCAACUCCACAUUGGAGCUAUCGGAGCGUUGACGGUGUUGGGAGAGUUGUUGUGCUGGUCGCAUCUCAUUUUCCAGUGUGAGGUUCUCGGUUGGCUUGAGGACGCUACAUGGACUGUAUUGCAGGCUGCCGCACUGGUGUUGGCUUCCCUUUACACAGAGCAUCUCCACUUUGGGCUGGUUGUGGCCUUCAUUUUGCCGUACCUCCUCCACAUGUGGAUCAACGCCUUGCCACGACAGCUGUCCCGUGCUAUCGCGUCCGUGAAGGAGGGCCGCACGUGGUCGCUCUAUCCAUUCAGGAACGUUUAAGCCCUGUGCUGUAUUGGCAACUUUGUUGCUCGUCCUCUGCUUGUGAACACAGUUUUUUGCUUUGUAUGCAUGCGCAGCCUAUACAUUGAUUUUGGUUCUUCUUCCAUCAUCCCAAUUCCUCCUUGGCUAGUCCUAUUUGCUUUGCUAUGCAUACUGAUCGUAAUGACAAAUUCUCUUGUGUCCUCCAGUAGAUUAAUUGUCAGUUUCAUCAUCCUUACACAGAUGUCGAUUUCGAUAAAAUAUCUGUGUCUUAUCGCUAAUGCACGAAGAUUGCUUCGCCGGAUGUCGGCACAACGCAGUGGAUGACGGAGUUACUCCUGGCGACGCCGUUGGUCUUCGGAGCCAUGCUCUGCUUGCCGCCGCCUCGUGUGAGCGAUGUCAUGGCGGGCUUGAACGAUUCCCCGGGUAUCGAUCAGGAGAUAAUGCUGGCAGGCGUCGCAUUUUACUUUACGGUCGUUUUAUCAUUAGCGGCCGGAGUCAUAUUGCAUUUUGUUUCUAUUUUGAAAUUAAUUCAAGGAAAAAAAUGAUCAAGUCCACUUCUCGUCCUGUCUCUGUCCACUGAAUUCUCGUAGAGCAGAACGAAGACCGGACUUUUACUGAAAGUGAAACCUCUAAUGUUGCCGGCAUAAUGCUCUACAGUGCCGGGAUCGCGUACCUACUCCGACCGAUUGUCGUGAAAACCGCAUGAAUCAAGUGCAUGACACUACUCGUCGAAAGCAGGAUUUGGAAAAGUUGUAAAUCUCCAAGAGGAUCAUGAAAAAAUUGCAGCACUGUUAAAAGACAUGAACAGAAGCUAACCUUUCAAUCGGGAUUGAUGGGGCUAAGUAGAUAUUUUGCUAAAGGCUACUUAACGGAUUUUCCCAUAUGCAGCGCAUAUUCAUAUUUACGAGUUUGUGCUGUAUUAGACAUCUUGAUUAGUUUUCGGAUACAUCCCUUGUGACGGACCCGAAUCGAUUGACAUGAAUUAUAUGUAUAUCAUGACUGUAUACACAGAAGCAGAGAUUGGAAUACUUCGUAAUUUGGACAUAGACUAGGUUUUCCGUGUAACUAGGUUUUCCGUGUAGCUAAAAAAUUUUACAAAUUGGCACGAAAAAGGGAUGGGACUAUUAUCGUCCUUGUAUAGAUAUUGGAACAUAACAACAAAAUGUGACGCAGAAGUAUUAGAUCAAUUUUUUAUGUGAGCGCUAUAUCUGCUUUUCUGUAUCAAGUAUUGGGCCCUUUCUUUUCUGUAGCUCAGGUAUCUGUGUGUAAAUAAGUACAUCAUAGUCAGCAAAAAGGUUCGAAAUAUAUAAUGUGAAAAUGACGAAAUCGGGAGAAGGUUACGUAGAAAUGUGCAUUUGAACUUACAGAUGUGUAGUGCUGACUGAGAGCUCGUUUGCAUGGGGGGCCCUAGCAAUUCGAAGACACGAGGAACGGACUGACCAAAAAGAGCACCACUGAGACGUAGGCAA